GAGCGGCGGCGGAGCGCGCCCGGCGCGAUGUGGCAGCGCUCGGUGUGCGUGGGCCUGCUGGCCCUGGCGCUGGGCUACCUGUGCGUGCUGGGCCCCGAGCUGCCCCCCGCGGCCCUGCGGCAGCUCUCGGCCUCGCUGCUGGGCACGCUGCGCCGCGCCCGCUCGCUGGAGGCGCGCACGGUGGCGGCCUGGCAGGCGGCCAUUGUCCGCCCCGCGCGCGGCUGGGCGCGCGUCGCCGUCGGCGUCAACGCCUGCGUGGACGUGGUUCUGUCUGGGGUGAAGCUGCUGGAGGCGCUGGGCCUGGAGCCCGGCGAUGGGAAGAACCACGCAGUCCUGAGCUCUGGGCAGGACCUCAGGGAGGCUUUUGCCCACUUCAUGGAGAGAGGGGCGGCUGCCGAGCGCUUCUUCAGCGAUGCCGAGGCGUUCCAGGACAUUGCGCGCACGGCCUCGGAGCACCCCGCGGCACAGCUUUACGUGGGAGGAAAUGCCGCUCUCAUCGGGCAGAAGCUGGCGACAAAUCCAGACCUGAAGAUCCUCCUUUGUGGCCCAGUUGGUCCCAAACUCCAUGAACUGCUCGAUGACAAUGUGGUUGUGCCGCCUGAAUCCAUGCAGGAAAGAGAUGAAUUCCAUCUUAUCUUGGAAUAUCAAGCAGGUGAGCAGUGGGGCCGAGUGAGGGCACCCGCUGCCAACCGCUUCAUCUUCUCCCACGACCUGUCCAACGGCGCCCUGAACAUGCUGGAAGUGUUUGUGUCCAGCCUGGAUGAAUUCCAGCCAGACCUGGUGGUGCUGUCAGGACUUCACAUGAUGGAAGGGCAGAGCAAGGAGAUGCGACAGAGACGACUCAUGGAGGCUGUGGCCUCCAUCUCUGAUAUCCCAACAGACAUUCCCAUACACCUGGAGCUGGCCAGUAUGACCGAUCAGGAUUUUAUGAGCAACAUCAUGCAUCAGCAGGUCUUUCCCCUGGUGAACUCCAUCGGGCUGAACGAGCAGGAGCUGCUGUUCCUCACCCAGGCUGCCUCCGGUCCCCACGCCUCGCUGGCCUCCUGGAGCGGCAUUCCCGACGUGGGGGUGGUCAGCGACAUCCUCUUCUGGAUCCUCAAGGAGCACGGCAAGACGGCGGAGCGGGCCUCGGACCUGACGCGGAUCCACUUCCACACCCUGGCCUACCACAUCCUGGUCACCGUGGACGGGCACUGGGGCAACCAGGCGGCGGCGGUGGCGGCGGGGGCCAGGGCCGCCGGCACCCAGGCCUGCGCCACCGACACCAUCGACACCAGCAAGGUCUUCCUCAAAGCUCCUCUGGAGUUCGUCACCUCCCACACGGAGGCACCGUCCAAAAUCUCCCUCAAUCCAGACGAGCCCGUGGUGCGCUGGCACAGGGAAGGCAUCUCCUUCCACUUCACCCCCGUGCUGGUGUGCAAGGAUCCCGUCCGGACCGUGGGGCUCGGGGACGCCAUUUCAGCCGAGGGACUGCUCUAUUCCGAAGCGUAUCCUCAGUAGAAAACCAGGACGCUCCUUCUUCUCCAACGCUGCGCGGUGCCCGAGACCCGCGGAUUGGGAUCCGGAGCAGUGGUGGAAUAGGAACAGAACCAGGGUGUGGUGUGUUUUCUGGGUAUAACUGAAAAAAGAGCCAAAGAAUAAUUCCAGGUAUAAACUGACGGCUACAUUCCAGUCACUCGGCAGUGACUCGAGCCCUUCACGUGCAGGUCGGGUGCAGAUGUUUUAAUAUUUAAUGUGAAAAUCGGCUUUUGUCUUAAGGGGGAGGGACACAAAGACCAAAAUCCCUGGCUGGCAAAGUUUGCUGUUCAUAGCUCAGAAUGGAUCUUUUCUGGUAGUGCUGGAAAAUGCAGCGGCAGGAGAAUUUCCUGCCCCUGGAUCCCAAGGAGAGCGCAGCAGUGCCCAGCCCUGCCUCACCUCUGGUAAAUUCAAAAUAAAAGCCUUGUGGGUUAUCUCCUCCCAGCACACUGCAAACCUUGCUUGGGGUGAGGAUGGAAUUAUUGCCUGGUGCAAUCACCUCUCCGUGUGCCCAGCCCCAGAGGGAGCCACGGUCCCAAAAUGUGACACAGACUGAACCUACUCCAGGCUGCACUGGUGAUUCUGGAUAUCUGUGACUAAGGGUGUUCAACUGAGCCCCAGCAGCCUGUGCUUAGCUUUUAGGAAACAAGGGGUGAAGAUAAUCAGGGUUUCUGUUUGGGGGACAGCUCUGUCUCCCUGGCAGGGAGCCCCCAAACCAUUCCCUGAGUUUGCUGUACACUAAAUACUCUGCUAACAGUUGAUGUGUUACAGAAAACUCAAGUGCCGGAGACUCAUUUUUGCUUGUGUGAGAAUGGCUGUGCCAAAUUCUUCAGUCUCCCUGCCCUCUAGUAGGAAAGGUCCCUCUGGAAGCUCAAAAGCUGCAAGAGUGUUUUCCAGGCAAGACUGAAGUGAGGAGGCCUUUUCAGGGUUUGAUGUUGGGGGGUUUUGACUAGAUCACUGAUAGUUUCUUUGCUCUGGCCUUUGAAAUUAAAAAAGCAGAACCAUGUCUCCUUGUUAAAUACUUUGCUUCUAUUUUUUUACCUUUUCACAGUCACACACUAAGAACUGUAGAGCACCAGCAUGGUUUUCUCUCUUUCCUGCAUGGUUUUGUCUCUGGCCACUUCAGGAACCUGGAGUGCAUUUGCACAGCUCCCAAGCCAGUUUUCAGUAGAACUGGGUUAAGUGCAAUCAGCAUGUCUGGGCAAGCCUGUGCCUUAGCAGAGCUUGGCAGAGGUUGUUCCAGGUCAGUCUUUGCACCUGAAUGGAGGGAGGAGAGUCUGUGUCACUCAGGGUGGAGUGAUCUGUUGCAAUAACACCGUCAGGCUGCUGUCUGUGGUGUUCUCUGUUGGGAAAAGCCAUCCUGGCUGCUCUGCAAGGAUGAAAAUUGGCAGCUGUUGUACUUGCACUGACUCAGCACACAGUGCUGUCUGUCAUGUGUAUUCAGCUUUCCCCCUGAGCAAAGUCUCCUGUGUUGUACAGUCAGGGCUGUGUUUUCCUGCAGCUCAGCCCACCCUGAGCUUCCCCUGAGUGUCAGCAUUUGAUCCACGUGCAGGAUCUUCUUAAGACUGGAGGCAUUUCUACCCAGAUUAUUUUUUUAUGAUUAUGAUUAUUACUGCUGUUGUUAUUAUCAUUGAUAAACUGUAGCACAGGACUUGGGAGUUCUGGUUUAGUCUUCCUAAACUGAAAAUAAAUGAAAAGAACCUCUCCUUUUGGCUCACUUAGAGGUCCAAUGCCAUGAGCAAGGCUGUUUUUGCAGCCUGGGAUGCAGGCACUCCACUCCUAAGGCCACCACAGGCCAUGGAUCUGCCAGCUGGAAACUGAUCUUGGCUUACACUGUGGCUUCUUGACCUGGAACUCAACAAAACUAAACACACACAGGCUGUCACCAGCAAUGGCCCUGCUGCUGUAUUUCACUUCUUUCUUCCCAGAACACUUCCAAGGAUGUGAGGCUGAUGGGAGUGACGUUCCUUACAGCCACCUACAGACCUUGUCCCAGGGUCAGUUGUGCUUGCAGUGAAUGGGACCGUGGCAGGCUAAACUGAGCUUUUUUCAUCUGAGUCAAUAACUGCUGAAAAGAAUCAUUAAAAAGGAGCUUGGUGCUUAGGAAUGAUGUGGGCCAAAACGCUAAACUGAUCCUUUUUGUUCCCUCCUCCCUGCUGCUCCUCCCAUUUCUGCUGUGGCCCAUUCUGGGUGUGCUGAAGGCCUGGCAUGGGGAGUGCCAGCUCCAGUCCCAGCAGCUCGGGCUGGCCAGGCUGCUGCCCUGCCCACAUCUGCUUCAGCAGGCACAGAGAGCUCAUCUGUGCCCAAAGUCACUUCCCAAGGAGAAUCCUUAACCACCGUGACCUGUUCAUCAGCUGUGCUAGUGGGAUCCCUGAUUAAGUUGUGGAACAAUCUAUAUGGUAAUAAAUCUGAAUUGAAUGGAGGGGCCCAGCAGCCUUUGCUUUGUUUCACAUGCUGUGAACAUGAUGUGCUUAACUUCCUUCUGCCUUCCCAAAUUAAUGACAGGGAGGCAGAGUUCCUGAAAGCCUUCCCCUACACCUGCAGUCUUACACCUCUGCACAGCUACAGUAGUGACAACAAAGAAAAGCUGCUUCGACAGCUGCAGAAAUACCAAAGCUUUGACACCAGGCUUGAGCUGACCCUGCUCCCCCUCGUCCUCUGUCUCUGCAAAUUCUAUUUGUUCUCCUGUGUUAGUUGUACCAUGAAAUCCGCAGUGAUGGAUGACUCAAACCUCAGCAGCCUCACUCCUGAAGCAGGGUUUGCACUGGAAAUGUUUAUUCA